GUUUUCACGAGCAGAUUUUGAAACUCCCUAGUGGGUGAUGUUACAAUUCAGAUGCCUUCUACGACGUUUCUGCUCCUUGUUUUGCUAUCCUUCGUGACAAAUAUUUCGGCAUUUCCUUUUGUCGCUCUCGUUCCUGUAUCCGGGUUACUGGCAGCUUUUCUAGCAAGGGACGGAAUCGAAUGUCUCCUCCGUGAGUGCUGUUCUCAAGGGGUUUGGUUUAAUCAAACCGGUCUGAAGCAUGUACUGACGCACCAUCUGCACGGUCAACACAUUGUCACUGAACGAGUGUUCCAUCACUUAUCUGCUCAUAUGCUAGAUCGCAAUCCACCAAAAGCACUGGCUCUUUCCUUUCAUGGCUACACAGGGGUGGGAAAGAAUUUCGUUUCCAAUCUUAUCGCAUCCCACGUGUUCAAACGGGGCACAAAGAGCCGAUUCUUUCACUUCUACGACUCAACAAUUCACUUCGCUCAUCGUCAAAAAGUGCACGAGUACAAGGUGAGGCUUCAUAAAGAAUUGCGCGAAGCCGUCUCAGCCUGUCCUUAUUCCGUGUUCGUUUUUGACGAGAUGCACAACAUGCCAAGUGGCCUCCUCGAUGUCUUGGCUCCUCUAUUGGAUUUUCACGAAUCUAUUGACGGUGUCGAUUUUCGGCGAUCAAUAUUCUUAUUUUUGAGCAAUGCUGGGGGAAAUUCCAUCAAUCGCCGCUUGUACGAUCAUCUAAAAGAUGGCAAGAAACGCGAAGAUUUGUUGUACACUGAUAUGGAUAGAAUUAUCACGAAAUCCGCCUUCAACGAUGAUGGUGGUCUUCGCUAUUCCGAAUUGAUCCAAAAACACUUAAUCACUGCAAUGGUUCCAUUUCUGCCACUCCAAGCCGAACAUGUCCGACUGUGUAUUCGUGACGUUACCGUGCAACGUCAGGUGCCCUUGACGGACAACCUGGUUAAUUUCGUCCUGGAUGAACUCGAGUGGUCUCCGGAAAAUACCCAGUUGUUUUCCGUAUCCGGUUGUAAACGCGUGUAUGAAAAGGUGGCAUUUUAUUUGCAACAAACGUGA